AUGGACCCGACACUCUUGAUUAACGAUAUCGUCGAGCACGAUACUUCGAAAAAGAAGCCUGUAACAUUUGACGACGGCCCGAUAUCCUCUACCGGCUUCCCGCAGCAUAAACGACGAUGGAAAACAUCCGCCUUCAAGCAGAGACGCGCGGGAGAGGCGACCGGUGCACAGCAGCAGUCCAAAUCUGAGGCCACGAAGCCUCAGGAUACCUCCUCGAAAGCGGAUCUGGAAACUGUUGAGAAGCAGCGUAUCGAUCGGGAGAACCAACAGAAGCUUGCCAGCAUGAGUCCCGACGAGAUCGCUCAAGCUCAACAAGAUAUCAUGAAUGGCCUAAAUCCUGCUCUCAUUCAAAGGUUACUCUCACGGGCCAAUAUCGACGAACAGACCGGCCCUUCGCCCUUUGAUCCGCCUCAACCAGAGAUAGAGGAAACACCUGAGCCUCCGCCUACGAUCAAAGUUGAGGAUGCAGACAAAGUUGAAGCUUCAAAGAACAUUCCAGCAGCUGCGGCUCGACCACCUAAGCCAUCAGUGGAGUCGGUACCAGAAACUGACUCUUCAAAGCCGAAAGCAACUUCUACCAAGAAGAUCGCAGACGACUACGACGAGGACAAGGCCCCUCCGCAAAUACCGCCCGAUCUAUUUCCCAUUACCGACCAACCCAAGUCGGUUCAUUUUCCUGUUCCACCAGCCUUACCCGACCUCGACCCUUCCGACCCGAACUUUCUGGCUACGCUCCAUGAGAAAUACUUCCCUAAUCUCCCAGCUGACCCAAGCAAACUCGCAUGGAUGGCACCAAUCCCUACAGAGGAUAGCCCUGCUGAUAAAGACUCUUCAUACUACCCUCACCCCGAAAUUCCGGUGAACGCUUUGCGGUUUGAUUUCCAGGGCCGAUUCUUGUCACCCAGAGUCAGUCGAUCUAUUCCUUCGUCAAAGGGCUUGCACCACCAUGGUGACGCUCCGGAGGCUGCAGGGUAUACAGUUGCGGAACUAGCUCAUCUUGCCAGGAGUGCUGUCCCUGCGCAAAGAUGCAUGGCUUUCCAAACAUUGGGAAGAAUUCUUUAUCGUCUUGGACUUGGUGAAUGGGGUAAGAGUGAAGACCAUCCCAUCGCCAUGGGAGUGUGGGGUGCUGUGAAGAAGGGGCGAGUAUUGGACACCUUGACGGAAGCUGCCAUGACAGAAGGGGGUCACCGAGGUAGUCGUGCUUAUGCCACCGAGGCUCUCUGGUUAUUUGAGAAGGGUGGUUGGAGAGAGAAGUUCAAGGGCAGGUAA